CACUCACAGGAAUUUGUAAGUAUAUCCAACAGAAGUGUUUUCUCGAUGAGCCAGUACAAGGAAAAGGUGCAGGAGAUUAGAGAAAGUGUCAGAUCUGGGCGUUACUACCUCCGGAGUCUACACAAUUUAGGCAGGACCUUUUUAUUAUUAAUUGUAUCUUUAUUUUACCAGGUAAGUCUGAUUGAGAUUAAAAAUAUAUUUUACAAGGGAGACCUGGCCAAAAUAGCAGCACACAAAGUUUAAGAUAUAUAUUUACAACAUAAAGCACACAAUUAUCACAUUAAGCAGGUUAGGUGCAUCUAGGGGCCAAACCAUUGAUAGCCCCCCACUAACUGACCUAGCACACACCCCCGCAGCCCCCAGAUAGCAUAUGUGACUCACCAUUUGGAUUUGGUCUUAUGUAGCAACAGUUGAAAUAGAGCUACAAAUGUUAUCAUACACUGCAUUUGAGGAACAAUGGGAAAGUAAUUGUCAAAGUUUGAAAUGUGAACACAUCAUAAGCCAUUUUGAUUUUUUUUAAAUGUAUGUACAGGAAAUGAGCUUUUAGAUUUGCUUUUUUAUUUUUUUAUCAGCAUCAAUCAGGAAUGAGUAGGGUCAGCUAUACCGUAAGGACCCCUUCAUGUCCUCAUUACAUGUAGUGCAACAAUGGCCUGUAAAGUUCUCUAUAUUUUAAAAGAUUUAAACAAACAAUAUUGGAAUCACCAUGGCCUCAACCAUAAACUGUCAACUUAUCUUCCUGAUAGAUUAAGUUAAAAUAUGUUACAUUUAAUUAUGUUUAAGAAUCAUUAAGCAACUGAGGGAAAAACAAAAUUGCUAUUGUGUACACCACUUGAAGAAAGUGUAAUUUGUGUCUAACGUCAACUCCGUCAGAGUGCUGAAAGAUCUGAGAAUGUUUUUUUUUAUUGGGGAUUUUUAAAUGAUUGUAUUGAGCUGUCUUAUGUAUCCUAACCAGGCUUCAAGACGGGUCACUCAACCAAGACUGCUCUCCUCUGUCACGGAGGGUCUCUGCACUGCCAAAGCUGACUCUCUCUGUUCCACGUACUCUUACUAGUGGUGGUCUAUCUCCACUUCUCUCCAUACACCAAAUCACUCGUCUCUGAUAGCUUCACAUGGUCUCUCCUAUUGUUGCUAUGCUCAUGACACCCUUUUCUCCUUCCCCUCUUCUGACACCCAGUUGGCAACACACAUCUCUGCGUGCCUGGCAGGUGUUGGGCCGACAUAUCAGCUUGGAUGUCGGCCCACCACCUCAAGCUCAUCCUCGACAAAACAGAGCUGCUCUUCCUCCCAGGGAAGGCCUGCCUGCUCCAUGACCUCCAUCACAAUUGACAACUACCGGUGUCCCCCUCCCAGAGUGCAAAGAACCUUGUUGUGACCCUGGACAACAUACCUGUCAUUCUCUGCAAACAUCAAAGCAGUGACUCUCUCCUGCAGGUUCAUGCUCUACAACAUCUGUAGACUUGGACCUUAUCUGACACAGGAAGUAGCGAGGUCCUAAUCCAGGCACUUGUCAUCUCCAAUCUGGACUACUGCAUUUCUCUGUUGGCUGGGCUCCCUGCUUGUGCCAUCAUACCCCUGCAACUUAUCCAGAAUGCAGCAAGCUGCUUGGUGUUCAACUUUCCCAAGUUCUCCCAUGUCCUCCUACGGAGCAGCAAGAGGUCCACUGUGCAGUGUGCUGGUGAACAAGUUUGGGUGUCGGCCAGUGAUGAUGGUGGGAGGGCUCUUUGCCUCCUUGGGAAUGGUCCUGGCCUCCUUGGCCACCAGUAUCAUACACAUCUACAUCUGUACUGGAGUUAUAACAGGUCUUGGCCUGGCGCUGAACUUCCAGCCGUCUCUGAUCAUGCUGAAUCGUUACUUUAGUGAGAAGAGGCCUCUAGCUAAUGGACUAUCUGCUGCUGGGAGCCCUGUGGCCCUCUGCUGCCUCUCUCCUCUGGGACAGGUGCUGCAGUACCACUAUGGCUGGAGAGGCGGCUUCCUUAUCCUGGGGGGCCUGCUGCUCAACUGCUGCGCCUGUGGGGCCCUGAUGAGGCCCCUGGUGGGCCCCAAGAAACCCCAGGACCAGGAGUUGCAGGCUGUGGGCGAAGCAGAAAGAAAGCUCAAGCCUAAGAAAAAGCUCCUGGAUUUUAGUGUAUUUAAAGACAGAGGUUUCCUCAUCUAUGCCAUAGCUGCGUCCAUCAUGGUACUGGGCCUUUUUGUGCCGCCCGUGUUUGUGGUGAGCUAUGCCAAGGAGAUGGGAAAUGAAGACACCAAGUCUGCCCUCCUCCUCACCAUCCUGGGGUUCAUCGAUAUCUUUGCCCGCCCCACAUGUGGGCUGAUUGCGGGGAUGAAGUGGGUCCGGCCUAGAUCUGUGUAUCUCUUCAGCUUCGCCAUACUCUUUAAUGGCAUUACCGAUGUGAUCAGCUCACAGGCGACAGACUACCCUGGUCUGGUGGUGUUCUGUAUCUUCUUCGGGCUCUCUUACGGGAUGGUGGGGGCGCUGCAGUUCGAGGUUCUCAUGGCCAUCGUGGGCACAAAGAAGUUCUCCAGCGCUUUAGGGCUGGUGUUGCUCAUGGAGGCUAUCGCUGUGCUGGUCGGACCGCCUGGAGCAGGUCGUCUGCUGGACGCCACACAUAACUACAUGUACGUGUUCCUGCUGGCUGGCUGUGAGGUCAUUCUGGCCUCCAUCGUCAUCUGCAUGGGCAACUUCCUGUGCAUCAAGAAGAAGCCAGAUGAACCUGAGGCCCAUCUAGAGAAUGGCGCCCCCAUAGAGAUGGAUAAGCUCAACAGCCUGCUGGAGGCAGGAGAGCAUGAGAGGGCGCAGCCGACGGGGGUGAGGGGUGGCGCCGCCGAGGCAAAAUAGGGAGUGGAAAAGAAUAGAGGGGUGGGAAACCCAGAGACAGCUCUGUGAUGGAGAGAGAAGGGAUAUUUGUUAAUUGAUUUUUAGAGCGACUGACAAGCUUUUAUUAAACACUACCAAUAGGGACGAACAUAAGAAUACACACACUGGCGGAGGGAGGGAUGAAGAGAUGGAAUGCAUUGUGCUGUACAUGUGUUGUAUGCUUUAAUAUACACAGCAAAUUGGCCAGUGUUACCUAGUGUUUUUUCAGGGUAACAUUUUUGUUUUGAUUCUGGAGUAAAAUUAACUCUAAGGGUUAAAUUGACACUGAGUGGUGUAAUAGAACCUCAGUGUCUGUUAAUAACCGAUGUUGUGAACCAAAACCACAGCCAUCAUGUUUCCCAGCAUGCUCAAUGCAGGUGAUUUAAAAAAUAUAUUUUUUUGCGGGGGGGGGGUUGUACAUUGAUUAAUGUUGUGCUACUCAAAUAUAAAUUCCAUAAAUUUUUCUAAACUAA